UUUUGCUCUCUUGAAGAGGAUGUAAUUAGGGAAAUAGACUAUAGUUUUUACCAAAAUUAGUCAAACUUGGGAUUUCAUAAAUUAUAAUUAGGGAAAUAGAUCUUCCAAGUCCAAACUGAAUUGGGGAAAAUGGAAAUUUUCUACUUAAGUAGCCUAGCCAUGGCCAAUGGGUCCUACAGUCGCCAGCUUCUGUUUACUCCGUUUAGAGGGAGGAGAAAGAGCUUACUUAAUCAAACAAACAUCUUUCUGUUAUGCAACUGACGACUGCAAAAAAUGAAUGGCAAAUCAUCUUCCAGGGAGCAUUCGCCUUCAGGUUUUCUCCAUCUUUCGCCUUCAGGAUCUGUGAAAGUCAUUGAGAAUCAGAAUUACACAGUUUCUCCAUCCAAGGUGGUUUAUCACUUUGGUACCAGUGGAAUUUCUGUUGCAGCCGCUACUGCCAUCACUCAUCCACUAGAUGUCCUCAAAGUUCGGCUGCAAAUGCAACUUGUUGGCCAGAGAGGUCCCUUAACUGGAAUGGGUCGACUGUUUGUUCAACUUGUAAAAAAUGAGGGGCCUAGGUCCUUGUAUCUUGGAUUCACGCCUGCAUUGAUGAGGUCAGUUCUUUAUGGAGGCCUUCGUUUAGGCUUGUACGAGCCAUCAAAGUAUGCCUGUGAAUUGGCUUUUGAGUCCACCAAUGUCUUGGUUAAGAUUGCAUCUGGAGCAUUCUCUGGCGCCAUUUCAACUGCUUUGACCAACCCAGUGGAAGUUUUAAAGGUACGAAUACAGAUGAAUCCAAACAUAAGAAGAGGAGCAGUCGGAGAAAUCUGCAAAAUUGCUUCAGAAGAGGGAAUAAUGGCUCUUUGGAAGGGGGUUGGCCCUGCUAUGGCCAGAGCUGCUGCUUUGACUGCAUCGCAGCUGGCAACAUAUGAUGAAUUCAAGCGGGGUUUGGUAAAGUGGACGCCUCUUGAAGAAGGUUUUUAUCUUCAUCUCAUCUCAAGUACAGUAGCAGGCACAGUGAGCACCCUCAUUACUGCACCAAUGGACAUGAUUAAAACCCGUCUCAUGUUGCAACGAGAAUCUAAAACAGCUGGAACUUAUAAAAAUGGGUUUCAUUGCGCAUACCAGGUUAUGCUUUCAGAAGGUCCCAGGGGACUUUACAAAGGGGGCCUUGCAAUCUUUGCAAGACUAGGUCCACAGACUAUGAUUACCUUUAUACUCUGUGAGAAGCUACGGGAGCUUGCUGGAUUGAAGGCAAUUUAGUCCUGGAAUUCUCUGUUCGCAGUUACACACAAUUAUUUUUGCCAAACAGCUGCCAAUCUCGCUGGCAAGGCUGUUUGGAAUAACUGAUAUGAGUUUUUUUUGUCUACUGUUUCGGAAAAUGGAGUGGAAUUAAUUUGUUUAGGUUGUACGGAGUAGUUGGAAUGGGUUAAACUUAACACCCGUCCUUUAAUGGGUCCAUUUAUUGUUUUGCAAUAAUGUAUUUUUUUCUAGUAAAAAUUUUCUCAUGUUGUCGUCAUAAUUGUGUGACCACAUCAAAGAAUUGAAUGAUAUAUAUUACUUUGUUUUUAAGUAAAGACUGCGCAAGUUCCCAU